AUGCCCUUCCAAGAAGAUUUCUUGAUUGAACAAUUUAUGGACAAACAUGAAAAUGAUAUCAAAUAUAAUAUGGGUGAGACAUGUUGCUACUCACUUAACCUCAAUGAGCUUAGUAGUUUAACAGGCGAAAGCUUUGAGUUUGAUCAAAACAUGAGGUUAACAUACGGAUCUAUUUGGGGAACACCAGUUCUGCGGGACCUUGUUGCCAAAAUCCACUCUAGUGAUGAGAUACAACUAACCGCGGACAAUGUCUUGAUCACGAACGGCGCAAUUGGUGCGAACUUCUUGGUUCAUUACACAGCAGCAGGGCCUGGAGACCAUAUAAUUUGUGUUGAUCCAACGUAUCAGCAACUCAGCAGCGUACCCAGUAUGUUCGGAGCCGACGUGGAGCUUCUACAUCUAGAAGCUGAGGACGGGUACACGCCAAAUAUUCAGAAGCUAAAGAGCAAGGUGAGGGCAAAUACAAAAUACAUUGUGUUGAAUAACCCCAAUAACCCGCUGGGAAGUGUUAUCUCUACGGAAAAGAUGACUGAAAUCAUUGACUAUGCCGAGAGAAACGAAAUUUUCAUAGUCUGUGACGAGGUUUACAGCCCCUUGUUCCAUUCUAGUGAGCAACCCAAAUCCGCCUGUCAGCUGAGCAACCGAUGCAUUGUUACAGGCUCUAUGUCGAAAGCGUAUUCAGCUGCAGGGGUUAGAUUGGGAUGGAUUGUCUCUCGGGAUAAAGACUUUUUGAAGCAAGCGGCGUCAAGAAGAGACUUCAACACAAUAUCUGUGUCCAUUAUCGAUGACUACAUAUCCCAAUACAUCCUGAAGCACCGCAACGCCGUGUUGAAACGCAAUUUCGAUUUAUGCAGAAAGAACUUGAUGAUUAUGAAAGAUUUUAUCAAUUCUUCGAAUGGUAAAUUCUCGUUCGUCCAUGAACCUGAAGGAGGUUCGGUAUGUUUAUUGCGGAUAGCAGGUGUUGAUGAUACGGAUAGUUUCGCAGUCAAACUUGCAACUGAGUUCAAGGUUUUGUGCGCACCUGGUGAGUGCUUUGGAGUUCCAGGUACUCUUAGAAUUGGCUAUGGAAAUUCUACUGAGGAUCUUGUUGAGGGUUUGAAGAUUUUGAAGCUAGCUUAUGACAAAACAUACACUAAAUAA